AUGGAUCCGGACCUCAGUUUCAUAACGCCGGAUAUAAAGCUUGAUCAGGUGCCACCAUUGGAUAUAAAAAGGGUUAUUGCUUUUGUUAAUCAUUUUGUUAUGCGGGACGUUCAGUUGAUCAAUUCUUUUGCGGUCAAUGCUGAAAGAAGAGUUUUGGAAAUAGAGAAUCGUAUUAAAAAGUUGACGGUGGAGCUUCAAUUACUAGAGGCGAAGCUGGAUAGUAUUCCAAGUAUUCAGGAAGCAGGAACUUCUAAAGAUACUCGCAGUGGAGAACCUGUGUUUUCCAAAACUUCAGAAACCGUGGGCAGUGGAUCUGUGGCAGACCCUAGUUUGACUCUACAACUGCCUUCAACUGAUGUCAUAACGGACUCUCUGAGUGCUGAAAAGAUGCCGGAGAAGAGCGAGCCUGCUGCAGAAUCAGAAGAAAGUAGAGGGAAGGUAGAGAAUCAAUUGACAAAAAAAAUUAAGGCACAGGAUGACCCUCGCUAUGCAAAAUAUUUUAAAAUGUUAAGACUGGGUGUACUGGAGGCUGCUGUAAAACAAAAAAUGGCUACUGACGGGAUCGAUCCUGAAAUUUUAAAUAAUCCCAAUGCCGAGAUGGAAGUGCUAUUAGUGGCAACGGGAACAGAACUUGUUGGGAAAGGGUCUAGUAGCAGCGAAUUAGAUAACUCGGGAUCGACUUAUGAAUCCAGUGAUAACGAAUGA